UUGACGGCGCCGCCAUGGCCGCCCUCAACGGCGCGGUGGAGAACGGGCAGCCUGACAGGAAAGUGCCGCCGCUGCCGCGGCCCCUGCGGAGCCUGGAGGUGAAGUACACCAAGAUAUUUAUUAACAAUGAAUGGCAUGAAUCUACAAGUGGAAAGAAGUUCCCAACCUACAACCCUUCAACAUUGGAGAAAAUCUGUGACGUUGAGGAAGGAGACAAGCCUGAUGUGGAUAAUGCAGUAGAAGCAGCAAAGGCAGCAUUCCAGAGGGGAGCUCCAUGGAGACAGAUGGAUGCCCUAAGCAGAGGACGACUCCUGCACAAGCUGGCUGAUCUUCUUGAGCGUGACAGAGUCAUCCUGGCAACUCUGGAAACAAUGGACACAGGAAAACCUUUUCUCCAGGCUUAUUUCAUUGACCUGGAAGGUUGUAUCAAAACACUCCGAUACUACGCUGGAUGGGCUGAUAAAAUUCAGGGCAGAACUAUCCCAGUAGAUGAAAAUGUUGUCUGUUUCACCAGGCAUGAGCCGAUGGGUGUCUGUGGAGCUAUAACUCCAUGGAACUUCCCGUUGCUGAUGCUGGUUUGGAAGAUGGCACCAGCACUGUGCUGUGGAAACACUUUGGUUAUUAAGCCAGCUGAGCAAACUCCUCUCACGUCACUCUACAUUGGCUCAUUGAUCAAGGAGGUGGGUUUCCCUCCAGGUGUGGUGAACAUUGUGCCAGGCUACGGCCCCACAGCCGGGGCUGCGAUUUCAACCCAUCACAGCAUUGAUAAAAUUGCUUUUACUGGAUCAACAAAGGUUGGAAAACUGAUCAAGGAAGCUGCUUCUAAAAGCAACCUCAAAAGGGUGACAUUAGAGCUUGGAGGGAAGAACCCCUGCAUUGUGUGUGCAGAUGCAGACUUGGACUUGGCAGUGGAAUGUGCCCAUCAAGGCGUGUUCUUCAAUCAAGGGCAGUGCUGCACGGCUGCCUCACGAGUGUUUGUGGAGGAGCAGGUCUACCCCGAGUUCGUCCGGCGCAGUGUGGAGUAUGCCAAGAAGAGACUUGUUGGAGACCCUUUUGAUGCCAGAACUGAGCAAGGGCCUCAGAUUGAUCAAAAACAGUUUGAUAAAAUCCUGGAGCUGAUAGAAAGUGGGAAGAAAGAAGGGGCUAAGCUGGAGUGUGGGGGUCUUGCCAUUGAAGACAGAGGCUUGUUUAUAAAACCCACUGUGUUUUCAGAGGUCACUGACAACAUGCGUAUCGCCAAAGAAGAGAUUUUUGGGCCAGUUCAGCCAAUUAUGAAGUUCAAGAGCAUGGAAGAGGUGAUAAGAAGAGCCAACAGCACAGAGUACGGCCUCACGGCUGCGGUGUUCACAAAGAACCUGGACAGGGCACUAACACUAGCUUCUGCAUUGCAAUCUGGAACUGUCUGGAUCAACUGUUACAAUGCACUCUAUGCACAGGCUCCUUUUGGUGGCUUUAAAAUGUCAGGCAAUGGCAGAGAACUUGGUGAAUAUGCUUUGGCAGAAUAUACCGAAGUGAAAACGGUCACCAUUAAACUCUCCCAGAAGAAUCCAUGAAAACAGAAGGCCUAAAAUGCUGACACUCUGAAUGUGACAUAUGGGGCAUGUGUUCAGAGCAAGGGGGAGGGGAGGGGUAGGAAGGAAAAUGGAAAAACCUAACUUUAUUCCUCUAGAAACACUGAAUCCACUGGACUCCAUUUUGUCAACUGGCUCUUCGAAAACUGCUUUAACUGACCCUACUGGCAGCACAGCACACACUUGUACUGUACAAGUCCCUGGCUGUACAUCUCUCUGCUACCUGUGACUAGAAUGCUGGUUGGUCGCAGUGUUUGCAGGACAUCUGCUUUCAAACUGUACCCCUGAAGGACCUGGACAUCACUGGCAUGUUAGAGAGACUUCUGGUACCAUUAGCCUGGACUGUUCAACGCCUUCAAAGGCACAAGGGUUUCACUUGGCAUAAAUGGACUUGAGCACUAGGGUUAGUACAAGUUGACUGAAGUUGGAGGAGUUUGUGUGAAGACUGCAGCUGGAGUUUGGGGUGGGACUGCAAGCUUUCAUGGAAGGAUCUGUAAAGAAAUUCUCUUUGAAAGAGCUAUCUUGGUCUCUCUAAAGAUACAUGCUUUCUCCAUGUUGGUGAUAUCCUAGCCCUGAAUGAGAUUUAUGGGAGUUUCCCAGAGGACUCCUUUGGGGCUAGUAUUUCACCUGACAGAGCUAGACUUUAAAGUAUCCUUUGAACCCCAUGUUUUGGUGUGCACACGCUACACAAGCUGCAAAUGCAAGUUACUGAUGUGGUAACCCUUCUGGCUCUGAAUGAGUCACAACUGUAUCUCAAACCUUCACUAUAGCACUUUUUUCAAGAGGAUUUUGCACUGUACUUACCAUGAUGAUGCAGAGUUGAAUGAGAAACAUGUAGCAUGGUAGAUAUCCCACAGAAAACAUCCCACGCCAGUCCUUCUGAUCUGGAGGAGGGAGCAGAAGAGUUGCAAGAAGCUGUCCUGCUCUGUCUUUCUCUGUAACUUUCAGGCUGUGUGAACAUCUCUUCAUUUUUUGAGCCAGAUCAAUUUUUAAGAGAGUAAAAGUUAUAAGCUCUUCUCACUGCUUCUUUAUCCUGUAUGAAUGUAGCUUAAAAUGAAUUUCUGGAAGUACAGUAUGAAAAGGCAGGUGCUAAAGAUGUAGGUGUACAAACCAGUUACCAUGGAAUAAGCUAUGGCUGGACUUAAAUGUGUCAGCAGCUCUGCAGUAGUUGUCCUCGUGAGUGCUGUCAACUUGUGGCAAGCACAGAGGAGCUGAUCCUUCACUGAAGAAUGGACUGCCUUGAGUUGUCUCUUCAUAGAAUCAUAGAAUGGUUUGGGUUGGAAGGGACCUUAAAGAUCAUCUAGAUCAAAUUCCUUGCAUGGGCAUGAAGUGGCUGUCAUACCAACUUCAUGCUUUAGUAUCUCCUGCAGUAACUUCUUUGCAUGCCCAGACAUGACUAUUAGAUUAAUGACAAGCCACCUGUUGUCUCAGUUCCUGGGUUCACUACUUGCCCUCCUCUUCCCAAUUCUGUGCUGGAGAACCACUGGCAAACACACGGGAAGUUCCGUGUCCAUGGGAGCUGGAAGCAUGCAGAGUUGGUGGUGUCAGCUUGGUAGGAAGUUUAGCUGAUUUUGCUGGCAUUGUUUUCUGAGAGCAAACUGAUAGAGGUUCCUUGUGGCACAUCAACAGAUCUCCGUGGAGCACUGGUAAGGAUUGCUGCCUGGAGUUUUCUAGAAGCAGAAAUGCAGGUCUAACCUCUGUCCUCUGAUGCAAGCAAAGAUUUAACUGGUACCUUCCUUUGCUCAGAGAUAUGCCCAGCCAGGAACACGUGCUAUAUUGCAUGACUUGACCUUUUUUUGGAGGGGGAAGGAAGGAAGGUGGGUGUUGAUAAGUAAGGAAAAAGUUUGCAUGAGCCUUAACUUCCUUAUUAGUUGGUGAAUGUUGAAAUGGCCCUUCAACACCCCUUCUGAAAUGACAUACCUCCAACAGCUGUGUGUAACUAGGAGCCUGCCCUCCCCUGGGUGUAUAAGACAGGGAAAUCUCUCCAUCUGGUGAAGAAAAUGUCCUCCCUACCCCAUGAAAGGCCAAAUGGGAACACUGUAAAUAAGUCUCUAUUUUUGUAAAACCCUUUGGGUGCAAACACCUUCUCGGACAAAUGUUUUACUUUUGCCUACUUGACCAUUUUCUAGGGCUGCAGUCAGACAGUAGGGAGGUGAGGCAAACAGUAAAAGGCUGGUUAUCUUGAUGUAUCUCUGCAUUAAUUUUUGAUAAGCAGUGGUUGAAUCUGAAAUAAUCUGAAAUUCUUAAAAUCCUAGUAUUCUGGCUUUAUAUGUAUGAUAUAUACUUCACCUCUUUUUUUUUUCUUUUCCCUUAUCAAGUUUUUUAAAAGUUAAUGUAUCUCUUACUGUAUAAAUCAGGGUUUGACUCUACACACUGAAUUUUCUAAGUUAUAUAACACUAGUCACUAACUUUAAAAUAACCCCUUAGAGGGUAUAUAUUCUUUCAUUGCACAGUAAGGCUUUCAUAUUAAAUACUACUUUCUUUUUUUUUAAAAAAAGAACUAUAUUUAUAAAUUAGGAUACAGUUAAUCUAAUGUAUUUUUAUAGCUAAAGGUACAUGAAAAUGCUAUGUUUAAACCUCAUGUAUAUAUUUAGACUAUGGGUAUCUUUUUGUAAUAGUUCUUGUUCCUAAUAAAUGUUUAACUUUGUGAAA